UCGACUACAGUCGACAAUAAUAAAAUGUUCGCAGUCGUCCGUCGACAGUCGCCCGUCAGGAGUCUCAGGACUCAGUAAAUUGUCCCAUCUAUAGAAUCUGGUUCAAUCUCUCACGUUUUAGUCUUGUGAGCUGAAGCGUGUAUUAUCUAUGAUAAUUUUUCAUUAUUUCCUUUUUGAGUUCGCUUCCGGUUGUUUUCGUUGCAUGUUAUGGAAAACUGAAAGAGGAAAUAGUGUGCAUUGUCAGGUGUGAUCUUGUGCAGGCGGAGAUACAGCUGAGUGAGCUGACUGAUCACAAAAUCCUUGGACAUCAAAAUGUUAUGAUAAAUCGGAACUGUUUGAGAUUGAUGAUUCUUUUCUGGCGGUCCUUAGUAUCUUUUUGUUAGCAAGGUUUCAUUAUCAUGGCCACCCUUGAUGACAAACUGCUGGGCGAGAAGCUGCAUUAUUACUGCAGUAGUAGUGAAGAUGAGGAGCCAAGCGAAGAGGAUAAAUCAGCCGGAAACGAUUUGGACGGGGAUGGUGAUAACCGGCGACCACAUAAGGCGUCCAGUAAUGGACCGAAAUUCAUACCGGAUAGCGUCGCCAGGGAAUGGGAAGGCAGCAGUACGAAUACUGGUCCGAAAGGAGUUAUACGAGAUUGGCAGAGGUUUAAGCAAUUGGAAUCAGAAAGGCGAGAAGCACAAGAAAAGGAAAAACUGAUACUGGCGAAAAAGUUAGCACCAAUGUGCCAAACUCAUCUUGAUGAGGAAAAGGAAGCUCAGGAAAAAUCGCAACUGUCGGAUGAGGCAUGUGACGAAGAUCUAGACGCAGUGCUCAAGGAGUUUCGAGAAAAGCGAAUUAAAGAACUGAUGCAGCUCGAGAAAUCCCGAAAGAAAGUAUUUGGGAGUGUAAUUGAAAUCGAAUCAUCGGAAGCCUAUUUGACAGCGACCGAGAAAAACUCCGAUGGGGAUCUGCUGAUUAUUCUCAUCUACGAGGAUCGAGCUUCGGGAUGUAAUUCUAUGAAGAAUUGCAUGCGAUACCUUGCGGCAGAAUAUUCUGACGUUAAGUUUUGCCAGAUGAAAGCCAGCCUGGUGAAUUUAAGUUUAAAAUUCAAAGCCUUUGGUCUACCAGCACUGCUAGUUUAUCGGAAUGGCGAAUUAAUUGGGAAUUACGUCCAGUUGGUGAAAGAGUUUGGCGAAGACAUUUAUCCUACUGACGUGGAAGGCUACCUCAUCGAGCAUGGUAUUUUGCAAGACAGGACUCUCAUUCCGUCUGCCCUUCGUUGCGGCACUUCUACCGCUGCCUCCAGAGCUGACGAGGAUGAUGAUUGAUUACGACGCAUGAAAGUAUCCGUCGUCUUUUAUCAGGCUUCCAUGCACGAUAAAGCUUCUAGUCGCAUGAUUUUUUGUUUUGGUAAUUGCGAUAUAUGGUCGGAUUGUCACUUUGAUAGCAUAUUGAGCGCGAUCUCGCGCUUUUUUGCUUUCUGUAGAAUAUGGCAUGAUAUCAAACGUACAAGGGAUGUGCAAAAAAUUUCUACCCUAGCCUUUAAAAUGUGCAGCUGUUCAGUGUUAUCCGAUGUACCAGUAUUAAGUUGUGGUUGGUAACUUCGUAAGAAUUAUUGCUUCGUUUAUUCUGUUGUCAUCCAUGCAAAAACGAUAAUGUAUGUAUUACACGA